AUGUUAAACAAUAGAGUGCCCCACUCAUGGACAAGUGAAGUUGACGUUGAAGAGUUCUCUACUAACUCUGCUUUAAUGCUACCAGGAACUGUUAUAAAAAUGAUAGGUCAAUUUUUAGGAACACACGACCGCAAUAAUUUUUGCCUUGUUAACAAAACUUGGCUACCCGCUGCUACCGAAAUCUUAUGGUCGGAGCCUAUUUUCAAAACUCCCGAAUCCUUCCAUUCCUUCGUACGUGCAAUAAAAAAUUCAAAACAUUGCGCCGAUCGAGUUCGUGAAUUAGACCUAUGUGCUCCUGAGGAAUCUGACGACGUAUUUGCACCCGUCCUAAAGUCUCUUUGCAAAGAGCAUCAAAUGAUGAAGACUUAUGUGUUAUCUAAGCCUCAUUUAAUCACGUGGUUAAUUAGAUCUUGCGAGAAUCUACAAAGCGUCCGAUUCUAUGGAUGGAAUUUACACGACAAACAUAUACACUCUUUCCAUCAAUAUUGUAAAAAGCUAAAGGAAUUUCGAGUCGUCGGUAACGAAAAUUUAACCCAAGCUGCGAUUUAUUCUAUAAUCAAUUCAGCAUCCGAACUUCGUGUGCUGGAUUUAGAUGGAAAGUUUGAUUUACCCGAUAGCUUUGCUGAAACAUUAGCCAGAAAAAGCCAAUUUAUUACUUCACUCAAGCUCCAUACCGAAACUAUGACUGCAAGUGGUUUCGAUAUUCUGGCUGGCAAAUUAACUCGAUUGAAGGAGUUAACAUUGCAAUUCUGUCCUGGUGUUACCGAUACAAACGUUGCGCGCUUCGUAAAAAACAAUCCCCAAUUACAAAUACUUUUAUUAUCUGGAGAAAAUUUAACAAUACAGUCCUUAAGAUACAUUCUUCAUAAUUCGCAGAAAUUGCGCAACUUGGAUUUGAGGUGUCCAUCUUGGUUCCGCGAGCCACCUCGUAUUUCGAAAUCCCCUACGCCACCUGAGCAAGAGUUAUGUGUCAUCACCCUAGAAAAUAUAGCGGUGGAUGACGAUACAAUCAAUAAAAUAUCAUUAAAUUGCCCGAAAUUAGAGAUAUUUGGCCUUUUCCGAUGUUCACUUGUCACCGAUCAAUCGAUCAACUUCAUCUCGCACAAUUCCCGAAACUUACGAAUUGUAAAUGCGUUCGAAUGUCCAAACAUUACCUCCAGAUGUCUAAAAUAUCUUGCCAACACGUCAAUAACACAAUUCAUUGUGGAAUCCUGUGGAACGUUUGCCCCUGAAGGAGUGCAAUGGUUUGCACGUACUGCUACAAAACUUGAGAAACUCACGUUCCACGGUACUCCUUCAAUAAUAAAUUCUUUUGUUUUUCAAUUUUCUAACGAAUGGAAACCUGGAAACCAACACGGCUCAGUAAGAUGCACGAUUGAAGGAGAAAAUCUCAAAAAACUUGUUCAAUACCGUAAUGGCCAAAAUCCUGUACAUAAUGAAGAUAUUAGCAAUACUGAAAAUUUGGAAAAUAUUUCCAAAUCUAAAUUACAUGAAUUAGCUACGGAGUUGGUCAUUUCGGUAGAUAUUUUAGAGCGUGCAAUCAAGAAGGUUUUCAACAAAGAUUCUUCUGACCCAAAGAAUAAUUGUACCUUAUCCUCCAUUAAGCGAGAGGCUCAUCGAGAACCAUCAUCAACUUCGAUUAUCCAAAAGACUCAUUGCGGUUGGUCAUCAAUUAAUGUGAAACUUCCCAUUUUACAUAUAAAGUCAUCGUUUGAAUCAGAUGAGCAAAUUUCGGUUCAAAAUAAUAAACAAGUUGUAGAUCAUCCUCGAGCAGUACAACCGAUCGCAACAGUUUCCGUCAUAACACCAACUCUAGAACAAAAUGAAAAAUUAUCAUCGUCAGAAUCUGAUCAUUCUGGUGAUGAUUACACUGAAUGGAAAAUUUCCAGUCAAAAUAUUGAUUCCGGCGAUUUAGGUGGAUGGGAAGAAAUGGAAUCAAAAGGAAAUAAAUAUAAUGAAGAAAAUGAAGAUCAAUAUCGCAAAGAUUACUGGGUUGAUGAACAUUGUGAGACUUCUUCAAUGGCAUCAAAAGAUUUAAAUGAUCAAGAAACUAUUUUAAAAGAUGAUGAUUAUAGUAGCGAAGAGACAAAAGAACAAAAUUCUGGUAGAUAUUACUGGAAUGAUGAUUAUUGGGAAUCCUCUUCGAUUACAUCCAGAGAUGAGGGUAAUAAUACGAACCAACAAAUUCCUAAAUAUUUCCGAGCGGAUGAUCACUGGGAAUCCUCCUCUUCAAUAUCAGCGAAUUAUUAUAAUAAGGAUGAAAAAAAUGGAGAAUAUGACCUGGAUCGUGAAUCUUCAUCAACAAUAUCAAGAGACGAAAGAGGCGAGGAUUAUCAAAGUCACCAAACUCGCAAAAGUCAAUGGAUCGAUGAUCAUUGGGAAUCUUCCUCAUCUAAUGAUGAUAAUCAAAUUUACAAGGUUAAUGAAUCCUCCAAACAAGAACAACAAUUUCAACAAACCCGUAAAUUUUAUUGGGUUGACGGUCAUUGGGAGACUUCGUCUAUGGAGUCAUCCGAACAUUAUGAAGAGAUGCCAGAAGGAAAAAUUUAUGAGAUUACUGACGAAGAACAAGAUGUAAUAAAUUAUGAAAGAAAGCUUAUAAAAAAUGUACCAGAAAAUAAUGGUCAGAUCGAAAGUCCGGAAGUUAUCGAUGAUACCGAACCAAAGGAAGACCUUGGUGCAUGGGGUAAAAUGAAUGUAAAUAACGAUUCUGCAUGGGGAGAUAACAAAAAUUGGUUACCAGAUACAAUAGAGGUCAAAACAAAAGAGCCGGAAAACUCUACACCCACCACUCCCACUACCCCCACGUGGGAAUCAAAUGAUACAAACGAAUAUUGGAGUCCUACCCAAAUACAGGACGCAAAAUCCCCUAUUUACUUUCAAAAUAAAUCAAUACCUGUGGUUACUAAUGAAAUGGAUGAUACAGAAGGGUGGGGUUCACCUCCUCCAAAUCCAAUCCCUUGGAGUGAUGAACGUCAAGGAUAUUGUGUUGAAUUGAUAGAAGAACAAAAGGAAACGACCUUUUGGUCUGUACAGAAUGGUAAUUGGGUAAACGUUAGUGAAGAGACGAGAAUUUCAGAGAAAAAAACAAUUGAGAUGAAUAGUAAUGGUCACAAUAAUUUCCGACAAACCACCAUACAACAUACAGGAAAAUGGGAUGAAAUUAUUAAAGAACAAAGAAAUAACCGUGACUUCAAAAACUCUAAAAAUGGAAAUAUUUCUAUCGAUUUAACAGAUUCACCAGAAGAAAAUAAUUCUGAUAAUAACAAUUCAAAUGCUGAAUUCAUGAAUGUGGAUGGUCCUAGAGGACGUAUAGGUAGUCCAAAAUGGGUAUCAGAAAAUGAAUGGCGUAAAGAAGGAAAAGAUCUUAUUAAUUUUGAUAUACCGGAAAUAUCAGAUUCAAAGAGUUCAUCGGAUGAUUCAGAGGAACCUUCAUCAACACCGACCAAUAAAGAAGGAAAUUCCAGAAUCUAUGACAAAACAGUCAAUAACUUAGAUUGGGAUAAUUUUCCACAUGAGAUCAACAUUGAUCUCACAGAACAAAAAGAGAAACCAUUUCAAAAUACCGAAGAUUUAUUAAUAGACUUUGAUUCUGAUCCUGUUACAAAUUAUAUAAAUAAUUCAGAUUCCGUUCCUUCAUUUAGCAAAGAAAUAGCUGAACUAAAUGAUGUUUUUUCUCAAUUGCCGAUGAGUUCUACAACCCCAAAUUUACUUUCAUUUGAUGAAAAUGUAACAGAUAAUCAAUUAAAUGUUGUUGUACCUGAAUAUCCUAUUAGUAUGGAAUUAGUAUCUAAAGACAACAAGCAGUCAUCCGAAAAUUUACAUGCAACAAAUGAAAAUAAAAAUAAAUCUUUUAAAUCAAAAUUAUCAUUUUUAUUUACCAAAGAAUUUUUAAAAAUAUUUUUACUUGGUCAAUUUCUUUCAUUAUGUAUUACAAUCUCCAUUGUAACAAGUACUGAAUUAUUUAAUCGUGGUGCUAGUUAUCCUACCACCCAAUCUGCAUUGACAUAUAUUUCAUUAUUCUUAGUUUAUACACCAAUAACUUUAUACAAAAUUGGAUUUAAGGGAUAUGUGAACAUGCUUAAAACGAGAGCAUGGAAAUAUAUAUUAUUAUCAAUUGUUGAUGUUGAAGGAAAUUAUUUUAUAGUAAAAGCUUUUAGCUACACAUCAACACUCUCCAUCCUGUUACUUGACGCAUGGACAAUUUUUAUAGUAGUUAUAUUAGGAAUAUUCUUCUUGAAAACAGGAUUUCAUUGGAGUCAAUAUUUAGGAGUUGCUGUUUGUUUAGCAAGUAUUGGAGUAAUAAUUGCCGGUGAUUUUGAUGCGGGUACUGAUAUGUUUACAGCUAAUAAACGAGUCCUAGGAGAUAUUUUCUGUUUGAUUAGUGCUACAUUAUAUGGAAUAUCAAAUACUGUAGAAGAAUAUUGUGUUAGAAAGAGACCAUUUUAUGAAGUAGUUGGUCAAAUGGGAUUUUGGGGUAUAAUUAUUAGUAUAAUUCAAAUAAGCAUAUUAGAACGUAAAGAAUUAGAAACCGCACAUUGGGAUGGACCGAUUGUUGGUCUCGUUCUUACAUUCACAUUCGUUAUGUUCUGUCUAUACACUGCUGCUCCAAUCUUGUUUCAACGUGCAUCUGCAAUAUACUUUAAUAUUUCAUUACUUACAAGUGAUUUCUAUACCUUAAUAUUAACAAUGAUUUUCUUUAAGUUUGGGAUGAAACGAUUAUAUCCAUUAGGAUUUGUGCUUAAUGUAAUUGGUCUUGCAGCAUAUUAUAUAUAUCCUGCUACACAACCAAAUAUAACACAAGAAGGAGAUGAAUUUGACAAACGAAAGAAGACGAAUGUCAAUAAUGAAAAUAUUGAAAAAGAUGUUGAACUAAGUUUAGAAAAUAUUGAAUAA